UGCAUCCUUGCUGAGAAGCAAGGCAUUGUCCAUGUUGGCAUUUCAAAAAAUGGAAAGUUCUGAAGAUAUAAUGACAAUGGAGAUGGAAUGCGAACGAAAGACAAUGUUUCGGAAAGCAGGUCGUCCAUGUGACAAGAAAACGGGCAUCUUCAUGUUUCUAGGAACAGUCUGCGUGGUUUUUCUCACGGUUAUGAUUUUUGUCCUUUUUUCCAAUCUAGAAAGAAAGUUUUCCACGCUGGAAAGUUGGAUGAUCAAUCAUAAUUCCAAUAUGACAAUCAGAUCUGAAUCUCACAUCGCAGAGUGUCAACAGGAUGUGUCGUACACUGACGUGAAGAGUUUGAUGGUCAAUUUGAGUAAUUCAGUAUCAGCACUGACGUCCAAACUGAACGAUGCAGUCAGCAAGCAGGAGCAGAAACUGACAGACACAGAAAGAUUGCUGGACAGUUUUAAGUCGUCUGUUAAUUCUUUACAGUCUGAUCAACAAAACAAUCAACGUGACUUCGAGUCUGUGGUCAGUUCAUUGAGUGUAGUUAAGAGCUCAGUGUCAGAUCUGACUUCAUCUGUAAAUACUCUCUCUUCUAAACUACAGAGCACCGAUGGAAGAGUCAUGAAUGCUCUGAAUGACUUGAAAACGAAGGUGUGUGCCAAAACAACAGACUUGCCCGAGUCAAACUGUAAAUCUGGCUGGAUCUCGUAUCUCAGCAGCUGUUACUUGUUCUCAAGAGAUAAACUGAACUGGUCUAUGGCACGUGAUUACUGUGAACAGCAGGGGGCGUUACUACUCAAAAUAGAGGAGGACAACGAGUGGACAUUUGUGACCAAUAUUACCAUCCCAGAUCUCUACUGGGUGGGUCUUACAGAUCAGAACACAGGGCAGUGGAGAUGGGCGGAUGACACUCCUUACACCAUGAACAAAGACCAGUGGAAUCCUGGGCAGCCAGACGACUGGACCGGACAUAAUCUGGGAGCAGGAGAGGACUGUGGACAAUUUACAUAUACUGGGAAACUGAAUGACAACCACUGCUCUGUCAAAAUGAAGUACAUAUGCAAAAGUGGACCUGACAAAAAGCUGUGAUGUAAUGUGCUGAAACUUGCAAGGAAAUGCAAAAUGUAUUUUUAAACUAGUGCUGUCAUAUAGUGUUUCCAGUACUUUACAGUAAAUGGCGGUUAGUGCUAUUAUUACCAGGUGUAAGAAAGCUCAACCAAGUCCAUCAAAUCUCUGCUUUUACUUUUAUUUACCCCACUAGUACAAAAUAAACAAUUUUAGCAAA